AUGACCAAUCCAGUGCCCACCUCCAACCCCGCACCCUCCGCGAAGCCCAAAGUGAAAAACAUCCCCAACCCGCGCCGCCUCCUAAUUCUUGCACCAACCUCCCAAUCUCUCACAAUAAUUCCUCCCCUCCUACACUCCCUAACCGGCGUGCCUGUCCUCGACCCGCCACAACAGCCAGCCCCUUCACCAACCACGCCACAGUCAACUUCAAGCUCAAGCUCAACACCCCCACCACCAACAACCACCUUUGCCGGCUACACAACCCACAGCCCUCUCCGCCUCGAAACAAAAUACUACACAACUGAAGUCCCCGUCUGGGUCGACGAGAUCCCACUCGCGAUCCACGAUACUGAUGCACAAACAACCACAUCAACACCUACAGUCGAGCAAUGGAAAAACGACUUCUUAAGCACAGAAGCUGAAAUCGUGCGUGAGGCUGUUGGGGCCCUCGUUGUGUGCGCGCAUGCUCCCAGCGAUGCGACACCUCCACCGGGUUCUGAGACGAAUGCAGACUCCGCUGAACGACCCGACGUGCGCGCACUUUGUGACCUGAUGCGUGGUAUUGGCGCUGUCAAGGAGCGCAUUGACGAGGAGCGCGGCGGGCUUGGCGAUGUUCCUGGUGUAUUUGUGUUGAUUGGGGGUAGGAAGGGUCCUGUGGGUAGCGGUGUGAAUCACCAGGGAUCGAAGGAUUCCGAUACGGAGCUGGGGCUUGGUGUUGAUGAUGCGGAUCUAGGUGGUGGGGAGCUGGUGCCGUUUUCGGUAGGGUGGUGGGAAGAUCAGUUAUUUGAUAUGGGGCUGCUGGGGUGGGAGGUUGUUGAGUGGGAUCCCAAGGAGAGUUUGGGGACUGAGACGAGGAAUCAGUAUGGAGAACGUGAGGGUAUGCCUCGUAUCCAAGAGGUCCUUGAGACUCAUGACUGGUCUAUGGUCGCAGAUAACUCUGGCUUGGAUGGCGAUCAUGAUCCUGACAUGGAUUCCGAUGAUGAUCUUCAAGACCAACUAUUGGGUCUGGGUGGCUCUCGUGGGUUUGGAGAUGAGGUUCAUGAGCUGGAACGCGAAAUGUUCGGUUUGCGCAUGGCAAUUGAGCGUGGAGGUGGUGAUGGUGAUGAAGACGAGUCUGAUCAUGAUGAUGGCGAGGAUGAGAUGGAUGUCGAGAGCAUGGAGGCUUUGAUGAUGCGCAUGCAGGCAAUCAAAGAUAUGAGCUCCGAGCUACCAGAGAGCGAACGGAAACGAUUUGCUGCGAAAGCCGUGCAGGAUAUCAUGCGCGAGCUUUGA